AUGCGUACUCUCAUGCUCCACGGUCACGCUACUAGCGCUUUCAUCUUCAAGGCGCAGACAAUCCCAUUCCGAUCAAAGCUCGACAAGUCUUUCACUUUCGACUUCAUUGAUGGCCCCUACACAUGCCCACCAUUCCGCGGUUUGUCGACCGUGGUGCCGACUGCCUACGGCUGGAUCAAGAAUAAUGACAUCGACAGUCUCCGUGAAGCCGUUCAGUGGCUGACUCGGUACAUCGAGGUGAACGGACCCUACGAUUGCAUCUGCUGUUUUUCCAAAGCAUCAGCAGUCGUCAUGGCCAUGCUGAUGGACGAAACUCUUGUGGAUAUCGAGUUGCGCGAGCGCAUCAUGCCCCGAUCAAUCAUUUUCAUCAACGGGAGCAUUGAAUACCCCUUCCUCGAGGAGCUGGGCAUGCCCAUUUCCGCCAAGGCCCGCCAAAUCAAGUACAAGACCGAGCAGCUGGUCAAGCAGAGGACCGAUGGUGUGGCAAAACUUGCCCGAACCCUUGUGAAGCCUGGUGUUGGCGGCGGUCUCUGGGAUGACACUAGCAAGCUGAUGCACAAUCCCAAUCGUCUGCCCCCGGUGUUUGAUUGUUUCGGCCUGGACUUCACUUUCUUGCCCCAGGAUGCUUUGCUCAGUAUUCCCAGUGUCCAUAUUGUUGGUGCUAAGGACCCCAUUUGGCCCUCUGGUGUUCAGCUGGCGUACUUGUGUGACCCAGCUAAGCGUCAGUUCUACGAUCACCAGGGUGGUCAUGAUUUGCCCAGAACGCCCCAGGUGGGCGCUGAUAUUGCAGCAAUCUUUAAGGAGCUGUCUUUGAAGAUGAAAUGCUAG